AUGCUCGCCACAUUCGUGCUGAGUGUUGAGGCGUCCUCCUGGUCGCUCGACUGUGCGCGCCUCGACGUGCACGCCGAGAGCGGCGAGGUCAACCGGUACAGCCGCUGCCUCUCGCGGACCACAACCGCGCUGGUGCUCCAGCUGACCACGGCGAGCUUCUCCGAGCCUGAGCCGUGGCUUGCAGCCGGGAGCUACCACACACCACCUCAGCCCCACACCACGCCCCUCUCGGUGCAAAAGGCCCUGCCCCAGUCGUCCGAUUCGGCAGAGCUUCCGUCGGUCGACACCCUCCUGCUCAUCGUCCGAGUGAUCAUAAGGACCGCCGCCGGCGACUUGGAUCCCGAGUGCGACGAGGCAUGCGCCAGCGCGUAUGUGACACCCGCAGCCUUUGCCGGAGCGUCAAUCGUGUACCUAUUCUCCCUCUGCUUGCGGUCGGCGUUGAUGGCUUCUCUGUUGGCCUUGCAGGCCCUACGCGAUGAAAACUCACUCGAGCCGCUCCACGCGUCGCACCGGGUCUACUUACUGCCCGUCGACUUUGGCACCUCCUGCGCGUUUACCGCGCUGGCAAACACGGCCUGCGCCGGCGCCGGCUGCGUCGCCUUUCUGCGUGACGCUCGCUCCUCGUCGAUGAUGCUGGCCGCGCAGAUCUGGGCCGUCGAGGCGGCCUCGCAGGUGGCCGAGCCAACAGCCGGCGGGGAGCCCGCGGCGUUUUCGGGGCGAGACGUCGACUCGCUGCUAGACGCCCUCUUGAGCCUGAUCUCCGACCCGGCCCUCUCCAACCUGCUGAGUGUCGUCGUGCGUGCGCUCCUCACUCGACUUGCCACCCUGCCCCGCAUGGCCUCCGAGCGCUUGGCGGAAAGUCUCGUCCUCGUGCCCGACCCUCUCGCGUUUGCCGCCGCAAACGCCUACCGCCACUGCGCCGGUGAAGCGCAAGCGGAGGCAGAGCAGCAGACCUCCGACGCAAAGUUUUACGGCAUCCUUGCGGCAGUCGGCCUCGCCUGCUUUGCCAUCGGCUGGCUGGUCAGCAACGCCGCUCACAAGGGCCCCAGCCGGCCUAUCGCCCCGAUCCCGCAAUUGGGCGCCGGGGGCAAGGAGCAAGAGGCUUGCCGCACCUCGUCCUACCAGCACCGCGCAGACCUCUAG